CACUUCCUACAUUGCAGAGUUCCGUGUUUGAGUUGAUCUGCACUGUGCGUGUGGUUAGACAGCAGACAACGAUUUGGUUUUAAAAUAUAUGCAUAGUUGUUGCUUCUGUUUAAUACACAAGUAAUACGUGGUACAAAGUACACUUUGGAGUCAUUACUGGAGAUGAUGGAUGCCACAACAUCAAAUGGAGUUCUACAUCCCUACUGGCCGCGGGACCUUUUGAUUCCCACCUAUGUCGCCAAUGACCGAUCAAUGUCAGAGAUUCUGGUGUUCCUGUUUUCUGUGUCUGGGGUGUUUCUGCUUGUGACCUGGCUCAUUUCUGGGCAGAAAGGAGCCUCUGGCAGACUGAGUACCUUGAGGCGUCUGGCAGUGUGCUGGUUUGCUGUUUGUGGUUUCAUCCAUGGCAUCAUUGAAGGCUGGUUCUCACUGUAUUAUGAGGUCAUUCCAGGAGACCAGAGCUUCCUGUCACAGCUGUGGAAAGAGUACUCCAAAGGAGACAGUCGAUAUGUAAUAGCGGAUAAUUUCACUGUGUGUAUGGAGACUGUAACUGCAUGGUUAUGGGGCCCUUUCAGCUUUUGGGCUGUGUUUGCCUUCUUAACCAACAAGCCCUACAGAUUUGUUCUGCAGCUCAUCAUUUCACUGGGUCAGUUGUAUGGAGCCGUGCUUUACUUCUUCACAGAGCACAGAGAUGGUUAUGCCCACAGUGAGUUGGGACACCCCAUCUAUUUCUGGUUCUACUUUGUGUUCAUGAAUGCGCUGUGGAUAGGCAUACCAUUUGUGCUCAUCGUGGAUUCAUGGAAACAGCUCACAGCAGCACAGACAAACUCUGACAACACAAAGUCAAACAAGUCUAAAAGGAACUGAUAACUGGACAAACAGGUGCUAAAAGAACAGAAUAAGGAUAAGCAUACUCUACAUUAUUGUUAAAAACAAUGUUCAAAGAUAAGAUGCAGUAGAAGAAAUGUUUGAUUGUUUGGAGUGGCAUGUUUUUUUUUCCUUGUUGUAUUAUGUCCCUUUCACACGUGAAUAUCAAAUAACUGCCAACAAAGAAAAUCUAUUUUAAAUUGCAGUUUUUUCCUUUUUUUUUGUUUUGUUCUGUUUUUUGCCUCUACAAAGCAAAAUAAAUCAUGUUUUUCCUAA